AUGCAUCUUCCACACCUGCUCGCCCUCCCGCCUGCUAUCAUCGCUCUUUGCGCAGCAACGCCAGGACUCGCCGCAGAGGAAUCGCAAUGGCCGCACAACGUACCCCAACACCUGAAAUACUUCCCCGAAGACGAAGUCCACGCAAAGCGUGGGCUGAGCGUCAAGCAAAGACUGCAACAUGAGAAACCCAUUGGAGUGAAGAAGAUGAGCAUGGACGAAGGCGAGAUGUUCAUGCUGGACAACUGGAUAUUCGCUGCCCAGGACACGCCGUCUCAACCACAAUCCUCGAGGAGAUCAGACUACGACGUCUUUGGCAAUGCAACCUCUCAGGCUCUCUCGCCUCUGCGCCCUCUAGCGCAGUCUGACUGGCUGGCGCGUAUGCACAUCAGAGAUAUACUGAUGAACCGCCAAUUCAAGUGCCCAGAUGGAACGGCGAGUUGCGAGAGUAUAGGCGCACCGGAUGCGAUGUGGGAUGUUGUCCUAGUGGCCAGACUUGCGCAGGCAGUGUGA